UAAAGAAGGCAAGACUAAGUGGCCUAGAGGUCGAAAGGUGGCUCUAUAAGGUUGAUAUGAUACAGUCAAUCCGCGAUCGUGGUCCCAAGCGGUUAUCGUAAUGGGUCUCAGAAUAUUAGAACUCACCAUAUUGGCCGGGUUGCUGGUCCUCGUAGCAGUAAUUGAAGGACAGCAAAAGGAUCAUUCAUGGUCAGGAUACUAUACGGAUAAUGGAAAGCACUAUCUGCUGUACGGAAAGCCAAGGGAAGAACUUAUAAUACCCACAUUUGGCAAUAUAUCAUCGAAUCCUUUUAUAAACGAUUUGGAAGCACAGGAAAGCCUUCCGACCAGAAUCGUCAAUGGCGUAAGGAUACCCUGUGAAGAAGCUCCCUUUCAGGGUUCUUUGCACUACGAGGGAUACUUCGUUUGCGGAUGUGUUAUUAUCAACAGAAUUUGGGUCAUCACUGCUCACCAUUGCUACUUCGGCCCACCAGGGAAAUAUACGGUGCGAGUUGGUUCAGAUCAGCAAAGACGCGGUGGUCAGCUGCGGCAUGUGCAAAGGAUCGUGGCAAUAUCGGCAUAUAAUGACUACACCAUGCAACAUGAUCUCGCCAUGAUGAAGCUGAAAUCCCCCAUCUUCUACGGCAAAUGUGUACAGCCUGUAAGAUUACCCUCACCGACAACGAAAAGAUUUCCCAAAACAUUCGUAGUCAGUGGUUGGGGCAUUACCUCGGUAAAUGCUCAGAAUGCCCAGCGCUAUCUUCGCCGAGUUACAUUGAACUAUAUAAAGAGGGGCAAGUGCCAGAAAAAGUACAAAAGCGCUGGAAUUAAAAUAUACAAGGACAUGAUCUGCGCUAGUCGUAAGAACAAGGACAGCUGCUCCGGCGAUUCUGGUGGUCCACUGACAAACAAAGGUGUUCUUUAUGGAAUCGUGUCCUGGGGCAUUGGUUGCGCAAACAAAAAGUAUCCCGGUGUUUAUGUCAAUGUCAAGCGUUAUAUCCGUUGGAUUAAGCGUUGCCUGCACAGAUAUUAAUAUAUAUAACUAUAAAAACUGAAGAAAUAAUGUAUUACACUUAUUCGGGUCUCAAAAGUAAGACGUACAUGAUAUCUUGGGUUGUUCAUACUAAUAUAAAAGGUUUCCUUAAUUCUGAUCCAAUAGAAAUGAAUAAUUUAAAUAUCAAUAAGAUCAUUUAUAACCUGAGUUAGAAAUAAAACACAUUAUGUAAUAAAUUAUCUAUUUAAAUCAAUUUCUGCACCAAAAUCUCAUUUUGCACAGUUGAUUGCGCAUUAUUAUAAAACUAUUAA